GAGAAGCCAAAGACUUUCGCCGAGCUUGGUGUCAGCGAAGAACUGUGCGCGGCAUGUGAGGCACUCGGCUUCAAGACGCCUACCGACAUCCAAGUUGCCGCCAUCCCGCCGGCACUUACGGGCCGCGACAUUAUCGGCAUUGCGCAGACAGGUAGCGGAAAGACGGCCGCGUUCUCUCUUCCUAUCCUCCAAACACUGUGGGAUAAUCCUCAACCAUUCUAUGCCCUUAUGCUGGCUCCCACUCGUGAACUGGCGGACCAAAUCGCCAAGCAGGUGCAGGCUCUUGGUGCUAACAUCGGUGUUCGAGUUGCCACUAUUGUCGGCGGCAUGGAUAUGAUGGCGCAGAGCCUUGCCCUUGCUAAGCGGCCUCAUGUCGUAGUGGCAACCCCGGGUCGUUUGAUGGACCACCUCGAGAACACCAAGGGCUUCUCGCUCAAGUCACUCAAGUACCUCGUGUUUGACGAGGCAGACCGUCUCCUCGACUUUGAUUUUCAGACAAGCAUCAACAAGCUCCUAAAGGUCAUCCCUAAGGAGCGCAACACGUUCCUCUUCUCCGCUACCCUCUCUACGAAAGUUGAGCAAUUGAAGCGCGCGUCGCUGUCGAAGCCCGUCCAAGUCAAGGUGUCGUCUAAGUACUCCACCGUUUCGACGCUCCUGCAGUACUACAUUCUCGUCCCUGAGGUCGACAAGGACGCUUAUCUCUUCUACGUCGUCAACGAGCUGGCGUCGAGUUCGAUGAUUAUUUUCACGGGCACCGUUGACCGCGCCCAGCGCCUGAGCAUCAUGCUCAACCGCCUCGGCUUCCCGGCCAUCCCGCUGCACGGACAGAUGAGCCAGAGCGCCCGUCUCGGCUCGCUCAACAAGUUCAAGAGCGGUGGUCGCAAGAUCCUUGUCGCGACCGACGUUGCGUCGCGUGGUCUCGACAUUCCGCUGGUCGACCUCGUCAUUAACUACGACAUCCCAUCGAACUCAAAGGACUAUGUCCACCGCGUCGGCCGUACGGCGCGUGCAGGCCGCUCGGGCAAGUCCAUUACGUUCACGACCCAGUACGACAUCGUCAUGCACAAGGCGAUUGAGGCGGCGAUUGGUCGCGAUCUUACUGCCUUUGAUGUCGACAAGGCAGCUGUCAAAAUCCUCAAGGACCGAGUGUCGGAGGCCGCUCGCGCGGCCGUCAUCGAGAUGCGCGAGCAGGGCACAGGUGGCGCCGGCGGAAAACGCGGACGCGACAAGGGACACCGUGGAGGACACGACGACCGCGAUCGUGACGACGACGUGGUGCAGGGCGGCCUCCCUGCAAGGAAGAAGAGCAAGAUGGGGGCUAAGAGAGGU